GGGGGUCGUGGGGAUGCUCCGGGAGAAGAGCCCCCGGCAGUCGGGGGCUGGGGAGGGGCAGGGCUGCCUCUGUGAACGGGGACCUCGCACCAGCACCUUCGCUGCUCCCUCUCUCCCUCCCCGCGUCUUUGUGUGUUUCGCUUCCUUUCACAGUAAACGUUCUUCCGAGAAAUUCCAAGGGGAUCUCAGCCAACCAGAGGGGGAAGGGAUGCCUCCCGCGCCUGGGUAGGGGGAGGUGGAGGCGGCGGAGGGAGCGGGAACUGGAGAGGCGAGCGCGCGGGCGAGCCGGCGUCCACUGGCUUUGGGCCCAGGACCGUACGGGGCCGAGAGCAGCCUCGGACCUCAGAGCCCUGGGUGCUCCGGCAGCGUGAGUCCCGCCGCCCCCGCCCUCUCGCGCCCCCAGCCCGGCUCCGCCCCGCCUCUCGCGCGGGGUCCGCGUCUGCGGCUGCGUUCCCCGAAAGACGAGGAGACUGCCCCAGGUUCCGGUCCGCAGGGAGAGCGAAGGACGCCGCUCCCCGUGCCACCAGCACCGCCCGGGGACCCUGAGCAUCCGAGCGCCAACACCCCAGGGAUCAGGUGCGGUCCUCCCGCACCUCGCCCUGCCCUCUCCUUAGGGCCGCGCCUGCCGCUGCCCCGGGGAGGAGGAGAAAACGCGCCCGACACCCCUUAUCCCACAGGCCUGCGCCCCGGAGGACCCCCACCCGCAGCGCCCGUGCCUUCCCGACGCCCACCUGGAGCAUGCUGCCCGCAGCCGUGAAGGGCCUCAGCCUGGCGCUGCUGGCCGCCCUGCUGUGCUCUGCGCCGGCUCAUGGCCUGUGGUGCCAGGACUGCACCCUGACCACCAACUCCAGCCACUGCACCCCGAGGCAGUGCCCGCCGUCCGACACAGUGUGUGCCAGCGUCCGAAUCACGGACCCCAGCAGCAGCCGGAAGGACCACUCGGUGAACAGGAUGUGUGCCUCGUCCUGUGACUUCGUGAAGCGGCACUUUUUCUCGGACUACCUCAUGGGCUUCAUUAACUCUGGGGUCUUGAAGGUGGACGUGGAUUGCUGCCACAAAGACCUGUGCAACGGGGGGCCCGGGCCGGGCGGCAGCCCCUGGGCCCUGGCCGGCGGGCUCCUGCUCAGCCUGGGGCCCACCCUCCUCCGGGCUGGGCCCUGAGGUCCCCUGCCUCCUGCAGGGCUUCUGAGGGGUGCCCCCGGCCUGUGGCUGCCCCUCCUCUGCCCGGCUCCGCCUCGGCACGGCUCUGCCACCCUCCGCGGCCCUCACCCCUGCCUGUCUCCCCACCAGCUCCGAGUCCUAGCCAGCAGGGCGCCUGCCGGACACCAGCGUCCCUCGGGUGGGCUGGAUGUCUGGGGAUGAGGGCAGGGGGCUGGGACCCCCACUCGCUGAGCGGCAGCCGGGCUGAGCCAGGCCCGGCUCAGCGGCUUGGCUGUGAGGGUGUCUUCUACCGAGAAAUAAAGUGGCUUCUGCAUCCAGA